AUGGAUCCGAUAAAGUAUAUAUUCGAAAAUCCUGCUGUUACUGGUAGAAUCGCCCGGUGGAAAAUGUUGUUAACCGAGUACGAUAUACAAUAUGUGACCCAAAAAGCAAUAAAAGGGAGUGUUAUGUCUGACUAUCUCGCUCACCUGCCUGUUGAAGGUUACCAACCGUUGAGGUUUGACUUUCCAGAUAAAGACAUCAUGUUUAUCAGAGACUUCACUAUGCCAGGCUUCGAGGUAAGCCAUGAGGAAGGCCCCAAACCAGGAUCGCGAUGGACGCUCGUGUUCGACGGUGCUUCCAAUGCUCGAGGCCAUGGUAUAGGUGUUAUUAUCACUUCUCCAACUGGUUUCCACCUGCCCUUUACCACUAGAUUAUGUUUUGACUGCACUAACAACAUGGCAGAAUAUGAAGCAUGUAUCUACGGUUUAGAGGCGGCAAUCGAUUUGAGAAUCAAGAUUCUUGAGGUAUUCGGUGAUUCAGCUCUGGUAAUCAGUCAGGUGAAAGGCGAUUGGGAGACUCGGGAUAGCAAGUUGAUACCCUACAAAGAGCAUAUCAGAAAACCGAUACCCUAUUUUGAUGAAAUAUCCUUUCACCAUAUUUCUAGGGAAGAAAAUCAGUUAGCCGAUGCUCUAGCCACGCUGGCAUCUAUGUUCAAAGUCAAAUGGAAGAAUGAAGCACCAUCCAUCCAGAUUGACCACUUAGAUGAGCCAACACAUUUUCUAGCAAUUGAGGCCAAUCCUGACGAUAAGCCUUGGUUCUAUGACAUCAAAACAUUUCUGGAGAAACAGCAAUACCCCGAGGGUAUAUCCCUUAUCGAUAAGAAAGCUCUGAGGAGACUCUCUUCCAAGUUCUUCCUAAACGGUGAUGUACUAUACAAGAGGAAUUAUGAUUCCAUAUCAGAGGGUCAAGGACCGAUUCAAUCACCGUCAACCGAAGCAAGGUCUUGGGAUUCAGAUUAUAUGGUAGACUAA